GUGUAUCCGGGGAGCCGCAGGGAUGCACUCACACUGCUGGGCCUGAUCACGCCUAUCCGGGACACGGACGCCCGCGAGGACCUCCAAACCCUGGCGCGCAUGUACUGCUCGGCGCUGGAGAUGCAGCUGAGGGACAAGAGCCGAUCGAUGCCCGACACCCGCGAGGAGUACGCGGGCCUGCCCAGGAAGAAAGUGCCACGUUCACAGCAAGCAAAGAAGCCUGCCGCGGCGCCAGCCGCCGCGCGGGGCGGCGAGGAAUCAUCGGCCGCUCGCCGUGUGCCAGAGGAGGAGGAGCAGCGGCCGGGCGUAGUGUCUGACGAGCGGCCCGGUUCGCCAUCAGAGGCCCGGGGGCGCGGCGACGUGAAGGCCAGGCGCGGCACUGGCGACGACGACGCCGAAGCUGCCACCACCGGCCGGAGGCAGGCGGGCCUCCUGCCCCCAGGGUUUUCCUCUCGUACACAGAUCCCCGGGACGCAUGCGGCUCAGGCUGGGGAUGUGGCCCGCCCUGACAGGAGGACGUCAGAGGUUCGAAAGCCAGCCGAUCCCAGCCGCGAGGGCAGGCCUCCCAGCCGCCAUGCCAGCCAGUCGGCGCUGGAUGGCCGCGAGAGGGAGGUCCGCCCUGCCAUGAGUGCCCGACUCGGACCCAAGGCUGCCACUGCCCGCCCCGAAGGUGGGUGA